AUGCCGCUAAUGGACGUUCACUGGCUGAUCUACGUGGCCUUUGGCGCUUGGUUAUGCUCUUAUGUCAUCCAUGUCCUAUCGUCCUCUUCUACAGUCAAAGUGCCCGUCGUAGGCUACCGCAGCGUCUUUGAGCCUACAUGGCUUCUCCGUUUGCGCUUUGUUUGGGAAGGGGGAUCUAUCAUCGGCCAAGGCUACAACAAAUUUAAAGACUCUAUCUUCCAGGUGCGAAAGCUUGGUACCGAUAUCGUCAUCAUCCCGCCAAACUACAUCGAUGAGGUCAGAAAGCUGUCCCAAGACAAGACUCGCUCGGUCGAGCCCUUCAUCAAUGACUUUGCGGGACAGUAUACACGGGGCAUGGUCUUUCUGCAAAGUGAUUUGCAGAACCGUGUGAUUCAGCAGCGGUUGACGCCAAAACUCGUAUCGUUGACAAAGGUAAUGAAGGAGGAGCUUGACUAUGCCUUGACCAAAGAGAUGCCUGACAUGAAGAAUGAUGAAUGGGUUGAAGUCGACAUUUCUUCCAUCAUGGUCAGGCUCAUAUCACGCAUCUCAGCCAGAGUGUUUCUCGGUCCAGAGCACUGCCGCAACCAAGAAUGGUUGACGACCACUGCAGAGUACAGCGAGAGCCUGUUCAUAACUGGCUUUAUUCUCCGCGUUGUCCCCCAUAUUCUAAGACCAUUCAUAGCCCCGCUGCUACCCUCCUACAGAACACUACUUCGCAACGUCUCGUCAGGUCGAAGAGUUAUUGGAGACAUCAUUCGCUCCCAGCAAGGUGAUGGCAACGAGGACAUCCUGUCAUGGAUGAGGGAUGCUGCGACAGGGGAAGAAAAGCAAAUUGACAACAUUGCCCAGCGGAUGCUUAUCCUGAGUCUCGCGUCUAUUCACACUACGGCAAUGACGAUGACGCAUGCUAUGUAUGACUUAUGUGCUUGCCCUGAGUACAUAGAGCCUCUUAGAGAUGAGGUCAAAAGUGUCGUUGGCGCUAGUGGUUGGGACAAGACGGCGUUGAAUCGAUUCCACAAACUCGACAGCUUUCUCAAAGAGUCACAACGCUUCAACCCCGUGUUCCUCUUAACGUUCAAUCGCAUUUAUCACCAAUCCAUGACACUCUCAGAUGGCACCAACAUCCCAUCAGGCACUCGCAUCGCGGUUCCCUCUCACGCGAUGCUUCAGGACUCAGCGCAUGUCCCAGGCCCGACGCCACCAACCGAGUUUGAUGGAUUUAGAUACUCAAAGAUUCGCUCAGACUCAAACUAUGCACAGAAAUAUCUCUUCUCCAUGACUGAUUCUAGUAACAUGGCGUUUGGGUAUGGGAAAUACGCCUGCCCAGGGCGGUUCUAUGCAUCUAAUGAGAUGAAGCUGACUUUGGCGAUACUCCUUUUACAAUUUGAGUUCAAGUUGCCAGAUGGGAAAGGAAGACCACGAAAUAUCACUAUUGAUAGUGACAUGAUACCUGAUCCGAGAGCUAGGCUGUGCGUUAGGAAGCGAUCACUGAGAGAUGAAUGA